GAGAAGUAUCGACCAAAACCAGGUACGAGGGGAUGAUUUCUGGAGGAUUCGCGCGAUUUCCCGCAGUCGCCGGAGAGAAUACCCAAGGGAUGUCAGCGUGCCGCGCGAGGGAAUCAAUCAAGAAGAGAAAGGACAGAAAUGGAGAGAGAGAGAGAGAGAGAGAGAGAGAGAGAGGGAAGGAGAAAGCGAGAGUUUCCUGAUUUCUUCGGAUUUCUGCUGUAUCACCACGCAACUUCGAGUUCCUUCGCGUUAAAAAAGCUCCCACGACAGAGCGAUGACGAGGCUUACGGCCCUGCCUGUAACGACGUCAGCAUCGAUCAAAGGAUUCGCAUGUUAGUGGCACACCGACGACGGCGAUGAAUCUACGCGGGGAAUGGCGGGAAAGCAGGUUGGAUACGCGUCAGACUUCGAAGAUCCGCGGCGGGAAAGCAAGUGCGGACACGGUUACACGCUGUUUUCACAUCUCACGUCGCUGACGAUUGUAAAACAAGAUCCACCUGGCAUAAAUCCCGUUCCCAAUUCCACACCGCGGCGCGCAUAUCCCGGCGAACUCUCAUCUGUCGGCGUUUUUUAUUAUGCACGUAGGGACACAACGGCCUGUAAAACUCACGAUUCGAUUCCUCGAUUUAUGGCGGGGAUACACGGAUGAAUCGGGGGAGUCGAAGAUCCUUGCGAGAUCGUUCACGAGAAAUGCCAGCUCGAUCGAGUCUGCUCGAGAGAAAGAGAGCGAAGAAGAACGGGGAGGAAGAGAAGCAAGUUUCCUCUCUCGCGAGCGACAAGCGCGUUCCAUUUCCACCGCGGCUUCCCCGCCAAUCCGCAGGUGCGCUCCACGGUUAAAAGAACAAACGCAUUCUCUCGCAUGGGCUUCAUAUUGACGAAGGUCGAGCGCACACGCUGCGGUCUGCUACAUGUUUAAUAAGGGAGCAUUACUAACCUGCGCCAACACGCAACACCGGUGCUUCGAAGGGCGGUUUUCCCCGAGUCCUCGAGAUCUCUCCCGGCGCAUCCAUGCGCGUUAAGAAGAUCUGAUGAAGCAGGGGAGGCCACACGGCUCUGGAGGAUGCUGUUCCUGUGGAUAUGCGACUGCCGCACCGGAGGAUCCGGUUCGAUCAGAGUCGGUUCGAAAAUAGGCUCAUCGAUUUUCUUUAAUCUUCCAUAUUGAGGAUUCUCGUUGCGACGCGCAACGCACUGACGACGGUCCCACGUACGAGGCACUACGACACAUCGCUAUGUAGGAUGAUCCUCCACGGCGCGAUCUGUUGACGAAGUAUGGGGUGGUUCUUCCUCGUCGGUGUUUUGCUACUCUCCUUAUGCGGAUGCUGCGAAAACGUCAAUCGCAUAUUUCGCAAAUCUGAGGCGGGAGCACCGUUGCCGCAGAGCGGUGCUGGAGCAGGGACCCACGGUCAGCCGCAGGCCGGUUCGCCGAGCACCCCGGGCCCAGGCGGUGGCGGUGGUGGUGCUGCCGGUGGCGGCGGCGGUGUCGGAGGCGGCGGUGCUACCGGUUUUUCGACCGGCUCUGCCGGAGCCGCGUCCUUCGGCCUUGGCGUGACCGGUGGGGCCACUGCUGGUAGUGGCACAACCGGUGGCGGUGCCGGUGGCGGUGCCGCCGCCUCCGGCACCGGCUGGUCCGCGGGAUCUGGACCGGCUCGCCGAGGUCGAGGUUGGCGCGACUGGCGCCGCGGCGACCCCACUCUCAUCAAGGGCUUGUGGAAGUCGAAGGGUCCGCUAGAUUCGCUAGGGAAGGCGGAGAUCUACAUCAUCGUGGCCCUGUUGAUCGGCUUCAUCACGGUGGUGAUCGGCUGCUGGCUGUCCGACAACUGCUGGUCGCCCGAGCCAGAGGGGGUGGUCACCCUCGCAUAGCCUAGUGCCGACUUCCGUGCCUCUAGGCGAUAACAACUACUACGACGCCCCUCGUACAGGAUACUUCAGGACCUCGGCCGCUACUCGGACCGGCGUAACGCACCCGUGGGCAACGUCGCGAACCAUCGACCGUUGCUCGACAUCAACGACAAUGACACGCUAUUGCGCGUGUGAGCGCGCCGCGCGACCCAGGGACCUUUUCCUACCGUCGUCGAGGCGCCUCUUGACGAGGAUCUCGAUUCCCAUCCGCGAGUUUCAAAGAAGAGUGUCGGACUUAGGAGCAGAACCGGUUGUCGAGGAGGAAGAGAGAACGUUGUGUACCUCUUGUAUCGUAAGAGAGAGAAAAAGAUGUCUCACGAAGAUCUCCGAGAGGUCUCCUUGCGUUCCCGAAAUUCAGCCGUAUUUCGUCGUUUUUUCUCCGUAACCGCGAUCGAUCGAUAGAACCGAACCUCCGUGUCGUCGAAAAUUGGCUCUAGUCUCAGAAAUGAAACCAGCGUCGCGCGACACUUCUCGCUCCGAAGCGAUCAGGCGCGAUCUUCCUCGUGGUUCCUCCCGGUCGCGUCGUUGCGGGUAAUUAACAAAGCAGGGCGUUUUUUAGGCGCGAUCAACGUAACUACACACACAUGAUCGAGAUAUGCUCGGGCUUAAACGUGCGUGGUUCCAUCAGCGACGUGUAUCGCGCAAUUUAAUCGUUAACGUAACGUAAUUAACGUUAACGUAAUUAAACGCAAGCGUUAAUGGAGCGUCCGACGUGUCGCAUUAUGGAACACGGAGCGCUCGGGAUGAAUGUCGAUAUUAGAGCUGUUGUCGCUCAGACAAUCAGGAGAUAAGUUGAAAGAUCAGAUAGGGAGGGGGGAUAAUUGAUUCCCCAUCCGACUUGGAAAACUGGAGUGAGCGGAGAGAGUUGAGAUCUGUCCGGAGAUUUGUCUGGUGUCGCGUUGUAUCGGCAUAAAUCUGAUCGACAAUUGUAACAACAGUAAUAACGAUUAUUCGCUCCGAUGACAAUUAUAAACAUCGGGACAGACGAGAAAGAGAGAUCUUCGAAACGAAGUGCCAAUUAUCUCGAGAAUCUGUUUGUUAUCUACCACGCUGUGACCACGUCGUUUCUUAUCAAUACAAACGAUCGAAGGAAAAUCAACGAAUUUUUUCACUCGAUUCUGCUACUGUUUCCUCCCCUCGUGCGAGCGGAGAAUCUCUCCCGCCACAGAUUCAUCCUCGGUUUUCGCCCUCUUCUCCACGCGACUUCUACUUCACCUUCUUCACCCCGACCGGCGACACCAAACGAAGCGAGCCGUACGAGCGCCGGCGGGAAAUCGCGUUUUCCCAUUUCAAAGUGAAUUCGAGCGGAUUCAGACUCGCGUCAACACUUGGACGCCCGUGAAGCCCGGAAUCCGCGGAUUCCCGGCGCUCGCUCGCGGACUUGUGCGCGCGGCCAUCGGCGGGCGUGAGCGAGAACGAAGUUCUUAAUACGCGAAGUUACUGCAUCGGACGGCGAUCGCGGCUGCAACCAAGUUGCAGCCGCUCGCAAAGUCCGAAAUGGGUCAACAGCCUGCCGGUCUGCCUGCCUGCCUGUUCGCCUGCCUGCCUGCCUGCCGAUGGUCUCGCAACAUCAUUAAAGUGUAUCGCAUCGGAACGAGCGGAGAGGCACUCGCCCGAUUCUACACAGCACACCUACAUGUAUUUUAGACACACAUACACACAGCCCACAGGAUGGAUAAUGGCUUCUCCCGCAUGUCUUAAUCAUCGCGUUGCGCGUUUAUGACGUCAGCUAUGGACCAACUCCCGCCCGGGGAUGGAUCUGACAAGUUAACCCUUGAUGAACCCGCGCGAUUUUCGCUCGACAUUCCCGCGAGUCUUGAUACUACUUCACUACUCUGCGCUGAUCUAAUUGCCCCUCGAUCUCCGUUAGCUUCCGCACUUCGUUAGCCGACAUAUCGUUGAGAGAGACUGAUUUCUUCGUCCACUUGUUCUUCUGCUUCUUCCAUUUCUUCUUCGUCUUCCUAUACAGCGUUCUUGCCGGUAGAUUUCGACGAGUUCUCGCGCGAUCUAGUAUUCGAACAUCGAUUACUAAUUGGACAGGUCGCGAUAGCCGAUCGCGAGCUGAAAAACCUGAAAGCUAUCUUGACGCGUCCCUUCUAAUCCGGCGACGCACCCCUCGAUAAAAAUUUUUAAUGGUCGCUGAGAGUGUCGUUACAUCCUCGAUAAGCGCAAGUCGUGCCUUAAUCGCGCGACCGAACUUUUUGCGGUGCUCUUCUUCGGUUCUCUUUCCUCGGAGACUCGUGCUGAGAGAAAAACCUGUUAACCUCCCUAGAAAUCAAUUUUUGCUUCAGCCGCAUUUUUCUAUUGCUCUGACAUAAAAUUAUAUUAACAGCAAGAUGGAUGCGAAGUUAUCAUCGAUAAAAUUAAUGAUUACAACAAACUUUUCACAAGGUCUACAAUCGAACGCAAAAUAUGGGCCAAGUGUUAUCAGUAACAUUACAGUAGCAUUUACCACAAAAAACAAGUU